AAUAAGAACGAGGUUCGCAGCUGGCGAACUCUGCUUCUGCGUCUUCUUAAUCUCUACUUCGAAGGAAUUUCUAUUGCUCCGUAAUUUUCCAAUUAUCGAGUACAUAUCUGGCAUAACAGUAUAAAGCUUAAUCGAGUCGAUCGAAGUAAGAAAUUCAGGAAGGCGUGUUCGCUCGGCGAACAAAUAGCCGUUAAUGAAUUUAUCUCUAGUCGUUAUCGGCAUCCGGAUUGAUCCAGAGCACAUUUUUUCCGCGACGGAUGAGUCACGAGAAAGAAAUAGAAACGAAGAAACAGGAGGAUCGAGCUGGCAAACGACGCAGAUGCGAUUAUCAGCUCGAUCCAACGGACACGGGUAUAGAAGCGGUGACCUCGGGCAAUUACGAAAAUGGGUGUAAAGCAAAGGAGCGAGACGAAGAAUCGGAAAGGUGACGAAUCACGGGCAUUGUCUCCUUGGUGUAACUUUAAUACUUUACAAGCCGUCCAGCCAAUCAAAUUCAAUUAGCUUUGACAUUCGUUAGCGAUGUGUUCGUGUCGAUGACAAAUCGGCAGAACAUACCUGCGCGAUCGAUGAACGAUACCGAGGAAAGUUUACGGAGGAACGGUCUCGUGAAUACGCUGCAACGUUUACAGAAACGAAAUACCGAUUGUUGAUUCUUCACGGGAUAUAAAUUGCUGAUAUUUAUCGUACGGUUAAUCACCUCAACUCCGUGAGAGUAACGCGAUAAAUUUCUUUGAAAUUUUGAUUACGCAACUGCUUUAAGAGUUGCCAUAUGCUGAGCGAUUUACUUUUGAAAAACGUGAUUUUCACGCUAUUGUGGUAGGAAAUUGGUAUUGAUUCGUUCAUUUCAAGGUGUUUUAUGGCGUAAUAAAAACUUGUUAACCGUAAAAUAUCGUCGCUUAUUAGCAACGCCUGUUGUCAUAAUUGUAAUUUACAAAUUGCAUUACGGAAACACUUAAAUCGUGAAACAACAAAGGAGACUCUCGCGAAUCGAUCGAUACUUCCACCAGGCAACGCAGAGAGAUACCGCCGAUGAAACUUUUUAGCUUUAACUCGCUCGUAAAUUCAAUUCGUCUCCGCAAUCGAUUUUUCGAAUUCUAAAUUUCCAAGCUGUCGCGAUACUGUAUAAAUUAUAGAACGCUUGUUGUUGCUGUACAGUAAUAAUAAAAUCUUUGUUAGAAUCGAUGUUCGUUCGAGCGAAAGCAACGUAACGGACAAAGUGUUGUUAGAUAUCGAAGCAAGUGGAUAGGAUAACAAGGAACGUACAAGACACGACAGCGGAUCCAGUGGACAUGUCGACUAGGAGUUACCCGGCGUUAAACGUACUUGAAUGUACGCGUACCGAUAUUCAAUUUCAAUAAGCCGUACAAGUGUUUAUCUCGGUCGCAACACGUGCAGCGUGAAAAGCGCAUCGACCAUCUAUUCCCCGUUGUAUUCAAUAUCGAGAGAUGUAAUCGAGGCGAGUUGUCGCGAGACAAAUUCAGUGUCGGUCGCUGGUCGGUCGCUGGUCGGUCAGCCGCAUCGACAACAUUGUCACGAGCGUUACGAGGACGCUUAUCGACAAGCUUUAGCCACUAUCGAGAAUCGCGGAUGUUACAGAGGCUGCAGUUGGUUUGGACGUGGAUUUACACUUGCGACACGAACCGAUGGAAAGGAGAAAAGACUCAAAGGCGUAAGCGUCACGGAGCGUUCUCUGGUCCCAACUGCGAGCAUGGGCGUCGACGGGUGACAGCAUUGCGACCGCCCAUCGAUACACCUCGUUGGUCGGACAACAAUAAUUUAUAUAUGCUAGAUUGUACGCUGAGGUAGCCUUAACGAUUGCAGCGUAUUGCCACGCGCGAGAAUAACGACUGUUCGGCGACCAUUAACUAACUACAAUCGAGUCGAAGCAAGUCCGAUCGCCGGUUCCCGACACAUUAUGCUAAUCCCACCUACCGUGACUCUCCCUCUCUCCUUCGUCCCGCCUCACGCCCCGUCUCCGUGCCUUCUUUCUGUGUCGACCGUGCGUUAAUUAACUCGAUAGUUUACGCGAAAACCUCGUUCCAGGUGCUGAACUUUUCCUGUUCGCGCCAACCGUUCUAGCCUUUCUCUUUAGAAAACUUUGCCUCUUGUAUCGUUCCAAUUGUUGCUAACGAAUCGAUUAAAUAAUUUCAUUUGUUACGGCUCCUAGUUACCGCUUAUCGUAUCUUUCGAUUUAUCUCGCGUUUACCCAGAGGAAACAAAGGUUUUAUCCGUGCUUCCUCCAGGAUAUCGACGAUCGCUCCUUUACUCUGCUCCUCCAAUUCGCCCUUUUCUUUCUUUUUCGCUUCCGUCUCUCUUUUUUUUCUUUUUUUUUUUUUUUUACUGAAAUUUUGACAGGUAAAACUUGUCAUAGCUGAUGCACGAACGUAACAGCGAUCGAGAUCGUCCCUUGGUAUCGCUGCUCGAAGCAAAGGCAAACUCUCCUCCCCGUCCUCGAGGACGUUAUUUAACAUAUUUGAGUAGAACCGCCCUCGAAUUUGGAAUAUCAAUGGAACUGAUAAAAUCGAAUUCCUUAGUUUAGAUCAGAGACAAACUUCGUAGUAGCCAGUUUGACGUUAUUUGACACUGUGAACGUUAUUAGGAAAAAUAUAGGAAAUCUUGGGAAACUUUAAAAGUUCCGAUGAAAAGCUAGGUAUUUUGCAAGGGAAUAACGGAACCAGUCAGCCAGCUAGUUUCCCCCCAGAAUCGGAUUGCUCGAAACGGAGUGGCGUCACGAGAGGCGACUAGUCAGUCCUCCUGCUCCCUGAUAUCUCGCGUGUUCGCGGCAAUUAGAGGAAGGUGUGACAGAUACGAAGAGGUUUUGCCGCGAAACGGGCAGAGAGGAAGGUGCAGAGCGUAACGCAUGGCCGGCCAUAAAUUAUCGGCCGGUGCACUGAAUUAAUCGGAUCCUAGAAACGGAGGGGAAGACGGGGCGGCGCGCAUACAUCGCGAAAAGGAGUCGGCCGGGGCCAUAGAACGGCUGGCCAGCCAUCCGACCAAUUAAACGAACAAACAGACAUCUAAAUUGGACGGUUGACCUUUAUAGAAAUAUAUUUACUUGCGAUUGGAUGCAUUGAAUUCCCGCGGCAGGGCACGCAUGCGCCGGACUCGAAAUAACGAACGGCCGGUAGAUCGUUCGAUCGAUAAUGUCAUCAUCCAUUUUCAUUCACCGGUUCCAGUAACAGCUCGCCACGACGAAAUUACUUAAUUUGCGCUUCGGCUUCUCCCCUUCUCGGCUCUUUUGUCGGGAUUCCGAUCGUACGUUAUCGGGGAACACCGAAUGAUCUACGACUGUUUCGGAUCGUCUUUGCCGACCUCGCGCUAACCGCGCGCAAUCCCAAACUCGUUGAAACUAUCGCUUCGUUCUAUCAACGAAACGGAGCAAAAAGCGAACGUCCGAUCAACCACGACUGCACAACGGUCCACCAACGACAAGUUUAGACCAGACGAGACUGUCUCUCGAGAAUUGCCAGUGUCGGCAAUUAUCUACUCGCAUAAUCUAUUCUAUUUACGUACUUCGACUGGAAACAUUCUGGCUCCAAAGCCUGCUCGAUCGUAAUCCGGACGAUUCCAUCGAAGAAUUCGAUUCGAGACGCGAGCGUAACAAUGGCAGCUGAUUAACGUCGCGCGAAUCGAAGACGCAGAAACGAACGUCGAAACGGAGCAAUCGGUUCCGUCGACGAGAGACCGAGGUUCACCUUCGCCUCGAGAUAAAUCCGGAUUAGUCCGAUGAGGCAGUCGGAAGCGACGCGCUGAAUCUUAAGGGGAUAAGGUUACAGAUAAAUACAUAUAACGUUUUGCGGUUAACCGGUUCCACGCACACUCGUAAACGGCAAAAGGGAUAGGGAAUUUAUAUGGAUGGCACUUUAUGUAGAUCCGACCGGCUAGCUAAUAAACGUAUCGAGUUUACAAAUAAAUUUAACGUCCAUUCAACUUCUAAAUUCAACAUCCAUUAGCGAUAUGCCGCAAAGUAUCUCGCUAUAAACUAUAAACGUUGUCGCUUGAAAGCUCCAACGUCGCGUCGAGCCACUGAACGUCUCCUGCAAAUAACGUUCCACCUUGCUCUCCGUUCGACUUAAAUAUUCGGGGUUUCCGGAUGACGGACGGUUAAAGAAAGGAAGAAAUACAUGACGUAGAAAAUUGAAUUUUCUUUGAAGUACGCAGACCCUAGGCCGUUGUAAACCUGUCACUUUGUCGCUCGAAUUCACGUUUUGACUACAAUGGUACUUUGCGGUAUCCUGCGUUACCGUCCUUUAAAGCAUUCUACGGAAUGUCAGAGUUAUUUUCUCGAUAAAGCUCGACCUGCAAGAAUCAAGAGAUUCAGUUUCUAAUAUCUACGAUAUAAAUCCUAUCGUAGCAAGAAUCGAAAAGGCGUAAAGGUCGAUAGGCAAACGCGUUCGCGCUCCUCCAGACUCGGUUACGAUUCAACAGCUUUUUUCGUAAGAUCCUCUGAAAUCGUUCUCGAAUCGGUGUCGCGACGCAUUCGGCGAACGAAGCCGAUCUCAUAUUGGGAAUAAAGAGUGCCGAUUGAAAAGAAAUGAGAAAAAUCGAGCGCAUCGUUAACCGAACGAACGACAAUGUUCGUGGCGUGGUUGAAGCGUCGAAGCCACCACGGCAACAAAUCACUCCUUAUAUAGUCGAUCGGCGUUUCUGCGCGCUUAAGAUGAAAAGAAACGGUGCAAAAAAUAAAAGGUAGCCGCGGAAGGGGGAGAAAAAGAUGAAGAUGAAGGAAGGAAAGGAAAGGGAACGGUGACGAAGAGAAAAGAGGAAAGGAGAGAAGAAGGAUCGAGCCGUGAGGCCCCAUGCGGCGCUGAAUCACGCUCGGUCCUUUUUCACUUUGCGGUCCUUCAACGGUGCGGUGCCUCUGUUGGAGUUGGGCUUACCUCUUUGUAAGGCUGGCGCCGUGAUUUUUCACGGUCGGCGUCGGAGAAUUGUUGAAACACGGCCAACCCUGGCUCGCUCGACUUGUAUUUCAGGCCCUUCGCCUGGCCGUCUUUCCUAUUUCUACCGCGCCAAUCUAGCUGCAUCUCCUCCUCCGAUCGAUUAUUUCCCACUACAUAUUUUUACACGGAAUUCUCGGUUUAUAGGACUCUCGUAUGAAUGCCGAUUUCGUUCCUAAGAUUCUUCGUAUAAAUUAUAUGCCCGCUGGAACAGCUAUUCGACCAAAUUUUUUUUAUUCCGAAUCGCUCUUUUCUACCGAGCAAAGAGAGAAAAAGAGACAGAGAGAAAGAGAGAGAUCGUUUUUUAAAUUUUGACAUGUCGGCUGACGAUUUAACAUCGUUAGGAUUGAACGGUGCGAAUUGGAAACGACGAUAAACGGUCGACGCGAUCGAGAGAUUUUUAAUGAAAGAACGGAAGGACGCGUGAAAAAUGAGGCGUGAAUUCGAAAUUCGUAUCGAGUGGAUCUAUACGGUUGUGGAUGUUGCACUCGAUUGUAACGGCAGCGAUAAAGGAGAAACAGAUAAAGAGAGCGAUAGCGGAAGAAGCGAACAGAAAGAGUGGGCGUAAAAUGAGAAUUUGUAAAUCGAAAUCAGACGAUGGGUGUUCCGCCGAUCAAUUGCUAUUUGACGGAGAAUGGUGAACACUAUCGACGAUCGGGAAUGAUUAAUGACGCGGCACAGCUAUAAACGCGGUAAUCUGUACCAGCAUCGAACGAAACCGAUUUUCAUUAUACCGUUUUUCGUUUCCAAGGUGUUACCCACGAGGCCCACCUCUACGUACGCCUUUCGAAACGACUAUUCUUCGAUCUCCGACUGGCAAAGUCGGCUGGACACGGCGAAACAGACAGGGUUAUUCUUGAAAUAACAAAUCAAAAUUUUUUUUUUAUUUAUUAUUUGUAUUCGCAAUUUGUCCAAUUUGGACGUUUGGUAGAAUUUUUUAGCAAUUAUAUUAACAUGUAGGUGGCUACCCCCAGCGGGGUACCAUCCUCGCGUUUACUAGGUCAUAUUCUAACAAAUCAAAAUGAACAUAGAACGAAUGAUUUCGUAAGAAGAGCAAUAGUUGUCCGUUUAGAAAAAUUAUUUUAUAUAUUGCUUUAACACGUUCAAUUAUUUAGAUUUUUGUCAAAAUAUUUCUUCCGAGAUUUAAUGUCUAAAACGAGAGAGAAAGGGAGAAGUAGUGUUUAUGCAACGUGCAUAAAAUUCUAUUACACUGCAUAAAGUUUUGCGGUAAAGUACUUAACUACGUUCAUAAUGGUUGCAAGUUCUACAAUUGAGAUAGAAGCACAGAUUACUACUCGAGUGUAAUAACCAUCGCUUUAACACGAAAAGUCUUUAUAGGUGAAAUUUCUCUUAUAUAGUCAGGUUCGCUAAAUUUUGGAUGUAAAAGAAAAUGUAAUCGUUGUAGUAACGAAACGUAAAGCUCGGCGUUAGUUUUUAAGACAGACUUUGGUAAAGAAUAAUUUGAUAAUUAUCGAACGUCGAAAGACUUUGACGACUGACAAAGUCACUAAAAAAGUCAACGUAAGAGAACCGAGCUUAAAUGUUUCAAACGGCAAGAACGGAUCUUGAGGAAGAGGAUACAGCGGGCGGCAUCGGACCGAGAAAAUGCACAUUAGCGAAACAGAAGCGACGAAUUCGGUAGACAGAAACUAUCGCGAACACGUUUGACCGAGAGAAAAUCCCCUGUAGACGGUCUCGCUAUGACGCAAUCUCGGCGGGCAUGCUGCGUGGCGAUGACGGCGAGUUCUGGUUGGAACCAGUCGCUGUGUCCCCGGAAGAAGAACAAGUUCGGCUGGAGGUUCGGCUGGAAGACGCCGGCGCCGAGGGCCGUACCACUGCCGGACUCUACCGGAACUCGAUGCUCGGCAGGCCGCAUCUCGUGUUUCGUAGGUCCGUGGAGCAGCCGCAGCUCGAAAUCGGCGCCGCCGGCCGCACCAGACGCCGACGAAAAAAGAAGAGAAAACUCGAGAGAAACUGUGGCACUCGCGAGCCGAGGCGGCUGACGGAAACACGGCUCGAAUGGCAAACGCAACCAGGACUGGUACAGGUUCAAGGACGAGGCCGAAGAAAACAUCAUCAGACGAAACGAUGGCAACGUGCCAAGAGAUCGAUCAGCCGACCGCGUCACGUCGAGGCUCUCGUUGUCGCUGACACGACGAUGAUGGCUUUUCAUCAGGACGGCGACGUUGAGACGUAUCUGCUGACCAUCAUGAACAUGGUGUCCUCCCUCUACCUCGAUCCUACCAUAGGGAAUUUCAUUAACGUCGUCGUGGUCAGGAUUAUCCUUGUCGAGGAGGACGACGCGGAAGUACGUGCGAAUUACGCCGGUGAUCAAGGACUGGACAUCACGGUGAACGCGGACAGGACGCUGUACAAUUUCUGCAAAUGGCAACAGAAACUGAAUCCGGCGGACGACUCGCAUCCGAAUCACCACGAUGUGGCGAUUCUGGUGACGAGGGAGGACAUCUGCUCGAGAGCGAACACGCCGUGUAGUACUCUGGGAGUGGCUCACGUAGCCGGCAUGUGCCAGCCGGACCGCAGCUGCAGCGUCAACGAAGACAAUGGAAUCACGCUCGCGCACACCAUCACCCACGAAUUGGGACACAACUUUGGCAUGUACCACGAUACGGAAAAAAUCGGCUGCAGCAAGCGAGACGGUGACACCCUGCACGUGAUGACGCCGACUUUCGAGGUGGAUACCAUUGGCGUCGCCUGGUCCAGAUGCUCUAGAAGAGACAUUACCAAUUUUUUGGAUCAAGGGAAAGGCGAAUGUUUAGAAGACGAACCGGCAGACAAUGAUUACUCGUAUCCAGAGUUACCGCCUGGCGCGAUGUAUAACGCGGAGCACCAAUGCAGGCUUCAGUUCGGCGUCAGGGAAGCUUCCGUUUGCUCCCCCUUGCAGGAGAUCUGUUCUAAAUUAUGGUGCAUCGUCGAUGGCACUUGCACCACCAUGCUUCAUCCGGCCGCCCCGGGGACACACUGUGGCAAACACAUGUGGUGUCAGAACCAGGAAUGCGUGCCAAUUGUGGACAAACCGCGUCAAAUCGACGGCGGAUGGGGCGAGUGGGGCUCUUGGAGCGAGUGUUCGAGAACCUGUGGUGCGGGCGUUUCGAUCGUCGAGCGGAAAUGCGACCAUCCGGAACCAGCGCACGGUGGUAAAUUCUGCAUCGGGGAAAGACGUCGAUAUAAAAUCUGUAAUACCGAUCCGUGCCCGGAAGAAACGGCCAGUUUCAGAGCAGUUCAGUGCAGUCAUUACGACGGCAAAGAAUACAAAGGGAAGAAUUACACUUGGCUGCCAUAUUUCGAUCAGACGGAACCCUGCGAGCUAUAUUGCACCGACACAGAGGAAAGCGUGAUCGUUCCAUGGGGUGAAGCCGCUCUCGAUGGCACACCCUGUAACGUUGGUACCAGAGACAUGUGCAUUGCUGGAAUCUGUCGAAAAGUUGGCUGUGAUUGGACGGUCGAUUCAGAUGCCACGGAAGAUCGUUGUGGAAUCUGCCAUGGCGAUGGAACUCAAUGCGAAACAACAGGCGGAAUUUACGACAAAAACGACGGUCCAGGAUACAAGGAAGUCGUGGUUGUCCCCAAUGGAUCGAGAAAUAUAAAAAUCGAGGAAAUUGGAAACAGCAAAAAUUAUAUUGGAAUAGGUGUGCCAAAUUCCGACAGAUAUUUCCUUAAUGGAAAACGGCAGAUCACUUUAGCAGGGGAAUACCAAGUGGCCGGAACUCCAGCUCUGUACGAGCGCGAUCGCGACAGAGAAAAGGUCAGAAUUCCUGGCCCGAUCAAAGAGGACAUCGCAGUCUAUUUGAUUUCCAGAGGACAUUAUCGGAAUUUCGGGCUGCGAUACGAGUACACAGUGCCGAAAAAGGAGCCUGAUCGGGCACCGGAAUACUCCUGGGUAUUUUCCGAUUGGUCACUGUGCACGGCCACUUGCGGCGGUGGCACGCAAACCUCCAAAGCACUCUGCAACGAGAAGAAGAGCGGGGUCGUCGAGGACCACUUUUGCGAGGGCAUCGAAAAGCCGGAAUCGAUUUUGCGAGAAUGCAAUCUGAAUCCAUGCCCAGCCAGAUGGUGGAUCGGUCCAUGGCAAAUGUGCCCGGUAUCAUGCGGAGAGGGUGCUCUUCGAAAACGAUCGGUGAUGUGUGUCUCUUCGGGAGUGGGUCCCGACAGAUCGGAUUUGGCACUGCCCGAUCGAGACUGUAAUCGGGACGUGAGACCCGAGGAGGUCAGCCCGUGUCUAAACUUACCCCCUUGCAGCUCGACCGAACCACCAUUGAUCGUCUACGCGGACAACAAGGAUGCCUCUUUCUACAACGUGAGCUCGAACGAUCAAAAUGGAAUCACGAUCGUUGAUAGUCUCACUACCGAGGAGCCAGAGAUCCUCGAAUUCGACAAUGUGGUUGAUGAAAAUCCAGAUAAUUCCAUGUAUAAUACCAAGUCAAAGUGGAUCGUCUCGAAAUGGAGUCAUUGUACGAAUGGUAAGAGAACUAGGAAGGUGACCUGCUCGAUGCAAGGAGACUGUAAUCCAGAAAACAAGCCGGCCACCAUCGAACUUUGCCAAGGUGGCAGAUGGAUCACCGGAAAAUGGGAAUCCUGCAACGCUAGCUGCCUCGUGAGAGUCGGCGUUAAGCGAAGGGAAGUCGAGUGUCGUGAUCGUAUAACAGAAUUACUGUCCGACGAUUGCAACCCCGAGAGAAAGCCGAUCGAUACGAGGCGUUGUUAUCAUAGGCGGCAAUGCGCGAACGAUAAAUCUGAGUGUAAGGAUACUAUUGUACCAGCCUCAAUGUGCGCGUCAUAUAGGCGCAUGUGCGAUGUGUCAUUGAUCGUGCAGGAUAAAUGCUGUGCCACAUGUUUCAAAAAACGAAGACACAAUCGUCGCGACAGAAGACACAUUCCCGAUCAUUGACAAGUCGAAAAUACAGCAACCGAAUCGAUCAACUUUCGCUUUUGAACAACGCUUCUAGAACCAGCCUAAAACAGGAUCCGUCCUAUGUCUGUACUUGCUUCGAAGAUUGUCGGAAAACCGCGUAAUAUAUUAUUCUUAAUACGGCCGAUUUAAACAUCGAAUUUCGAUGCAAUACAGUUAAGUUAAGUAACGAUAAAAAAGUGACGAAAAUUCAAAGUGUACCUAACAUUCCGAUAUAAAUGACAUUAUAAUGAAAUAUAAAUUUUGGACACUGUCGUAAAGUUUUCGAAUAAACAAAUUAACAACAUCGUACGUAAAUUUAAGAUGAAUAUUCGUAACUUGUAGCUCUAGCGAUACAACGGUGCAAAUAUAUAUAAAAGUUAAUGAGAUUUUCAAGAUGUACAAAUAUACGUAAAAUGUGAAAAUAUAUCGAAUUUCUGUAUAUAUAUAUAUAUAUACAAAAUGUGUAUAAACACUCGAUAUAUUUUUGAAUUAAAUGUAACGUUACGAAUUUUAAGGUACGUGUCCACUUGAGUGUACAACUAUCGUGAGUUGCUCUUUACAGUAUUUCCCAUAAGUGGACAUUGCUGAGUGAUUAUCUGAUCCUACAAUCGAUGAUUCUAUGUAAUAAAUCAAUAACAUAAAUUUGUACUAAAAUAAACAAACUGCUAUAUUCUUUA